CCUAAGUUAAUCACCAUAAUAUUUUUAUAAAUUUACAUAACAUAUACAGUAAAAUAUGAUUGGGUUAUUAAUUAUUAUACUUGUUAUAUUUAUUGCAAUCAUAUCGAUUACUAAUGUUAAGAAUUCUCGAUAUCAAUUUGAUUACUGGCGUAAACUUGGUAUAAAUGGCCCUGCUACAAAACUCGUUUAUGGCAACACACUGGACCUAUUUAUUAAACCGCAACCCAUUCAGGAACUUAUUUGGUACCAAAAAUUUGGUAAAAUCUAUGGUAGCCGACCCUGAGCUGGUUCAGGCAAUCCUUGUCAGAGACUUUCAUGUGUUCACCGAUAGGUCGCGCGCAUCGAAAUCAGGCGACGACUCGAUAGCCAAACACAGUUUGGUUCACAUGUCGGGCGACGCGUGGCGUGGCGUACGUGCUAUCGUGUCGCCAACAUUUUCACCAAACAAAUUACGACAAAUGUACCCGAUCAUUAGCCAGUGCGUGUCCGAGUUUAUAACACACUUGGAUCAAAACUACCAUGGUAAACUCACCGACAUUGAUGUAAAUGAUAAAUUUUGGCGAUUCACCAUGGACACCAUAUUAAGGUGCGAGUUUGGCGCAUUAACGUACUUCUUGGCAGGCACCAAAACCACCUCGACAGUCUUAGCCUUUUGUACGUACGUAUUGGUCGUUAACCCCGAUUGUCAGCAACGGUUAUACGACGAAAUACAGGCAAUCACUGGCAACCAAAACCGCGACAUAGGGUACGAGACACUCGACUCUAUGCCGUAUUUAGACGCCUGUGUGUCGGAGACCCUGAGGUUAUACUCGCCGUUCCCACGGGUAAAACGGGUGGCAAAUACCGAUUACACGUUCCCGGCAAUAGGGCUGACCAUCAAAGCUGGUCAACGGGUAGAGAUCCCGGUGCACGCCAUGCAUCGAUCACCGGAUAAUUUUGUUGAUCCUGAUAAGUUUAAUCCUGAUAGUGUUAUAGUGGCUAUGGAGAGGCGUAAGAAAUGA